ACCAUCGGAAAAAGAUGGCUGGACGAGGAUGCUUCGCUUAGCUUACUUUGCAUCUUCGGCAUGUUCCUGAAGCCGAACAGCAGAGCUGAAUCUAAUUUAGCCAAUUUGGAGCUUUGAUGUUGACUUCUUUGUUUCUGUCCUUGUUCUUCUGUGUCAGGCGCAACCAACAACUCGCAAGGCGACAGAUACCAGACACUCGCUACUACCAUCCAAACUCGGAUCAGCAGUACAAAAUUGGUACUCCCUACUAACCUCAUAAACCUCAUAGUUUGAAAUAGCUCACUCAACGUAACAAGCAUUCUUAUCAAGUGACGCAUUCGAACUUUGCAUCGUCGCAAUCGGCCUCGAAUCAAGGGUGGUUGCGAUCACUUGCAACCACGCCCCACCUAUCUCCCUUUCCCCUGCACACCACAUGAUGAAGUGAUCGGAUGCAUAGGAAGGCCAAUCUUCAGGUGAAGGAAUUGCAGACGCUGGGGUCGUUGUCACCGUCGCCAUCUUCGGUGGGCGACACACGCGACAUCCGACCAGGAUGCCUCGAGCCCUUACGAUCCUCGUCAUCAUCGCCACUUUGUUCUUCUUCCUAACACCACCAACAUGGGCACAGUCACCGACCGAAACAGAGACAGUGCAAAUCGUAGCAACAACAGUCACACACUACUACACGGAAACACCAGCCGCAAGCGCACUUUCAACACAAUACACAUCCACAGAGGAAUUCCGAACCUCAAUCCUCAACGCCACAAACUUCUACCGGUACGAACACUCGGCGCCAUUCCUCUACUGGAACACAACACUAGCCGAGUACGCACAGCGCUACUCUCGAGAAUGUCUCUGGAAACACUCGGCCAACAACUCCAACGGCGAGAACCUAGCGCGCGGCUACAGUAACGUCACCGCGGCCGUACAGGCAUGGGGCGACGAACGAUCCAUGUACGACUUCGACUCGAAACACCCAACGGGUUUCACUGAAGCUACAGGACACUUCACCCAGUUGGUCUGGCAGUCCACAUAUGCGGUCGGAUGUGGUUGGACAGAUUGCGAUGGCCAAAACGGUCUUGAUGGUGUUUUCCUCGUCUGUGAAUACUGGCCACCAGGGAAUCUUAUCGGGCAGAAUGAUUUCUGGUUUAAAGAGAAUGUUAAGCCGGAGAUUCCUAGCGAUGAUGAUAGUGGGUUCAAUGUUUUCGAUGCGACGAAAGGUGCGACUGGUGGUACUCCUUCUCCGACGAGUGGAUCUUCUGGUGCGACUUCGUCAAGUGCUGCCAUGUCGGUCGUUCGUGGUCAAUAUCUCAUGUCGAUGAGGCAACCGGUGAUAAUGGUGGUGCUGUUGGCAUUGGUUUUGCCAGCUAUCGUCUUUGGAAUCGGCCUGUCUCCCUGAAGGAGGCAUAUGGGUAUGGGCCAUGGUCGACAAGGUGCGAUAGAUUGGCCUAGGGCCACAAGGAUGUCAGAUAGAUCAGGGCAUUGAACACUGGAGUGCUCCUAGAUCGAGCAUGAUGACGAGGACACGAGGUGAUACCCAGCUAGACAUUGAUAAGAGGUCAGGUCACGACAGUGUCCGUAGAGUGAGUGUAGCCCUGAAGAAUUGGACACAUUAGUUGUACAUAAUAAUAAUAACUCAACGUCUCAACCGUAUAUAACAA